CUGUCAACGUCGCGAAAAACGUUUGCUCAACAACAACUUGUCGAGCGCAAAGAGACAAAUACGCAAUGCCCGGCUCACCAACGCCAGAGGAGCGCAAGAAGGCCGACGAGGAGCUCAAGGCCAAAGAAGCUGCUGAGCAGGCCGCACUACCCUACAAAUGGACGCAGACCAUCAAGGACCUGGAUGUUACGAUUCCCAUUGACGGCAAAUACAAGGCGCGCGACCUAGACGUCAAGAUUUCGAAAAAGGCCCUCAAGGUGGCCAUCAAGGGCCAAGAACCCAUCAUCGACGGCGAACUCCCACAUCCCAUCCACGUCGACGAGUCUACAUGGACCCUCGAGACUGUGCCGAAUGGCAAGGAGGUUAGCGUGCAUCUGGACAAGGUCAACCAAAUGGAGUGGUGGGCGCAUGUUAUCACGACCGCACCGAAGAUCGACACUUCGAAGAUCGAGCCAGAGACCAGCAAGUUGAGCGAUCUGGAUGGCGAGACGAGGGGAAUGGUGGAAAAGAUGAUGUAUGACCAAAGGCAGAAAGAGUUGGGGAAGCCGACGAGUGAUGAGCAGAAGAAGGAGGAGAUUUUGAAGAAGUUCAUGGCACAGCAUCCGGAGAUGGACUUCUCUAAUGUGAAGAUGGGAUAAAAGAUCGUGCCAACAAUACAAUGAAUUCCUGAAAGGAUGACCGAGCCCACCU